AUGCCGGAAGACGAAAGGAGAAUUAAAAUGUCGUCGUUGAGGAAAAAAACCCCUUCUUUACCUCCAAAAAUCAGCAACAACGCCGUUCAUAAUUCUGAUCCUAACCUCUCCACUAAUUUCCCAGCCAACGACGACGAAGACGGCUGUAACAACCGUCGCAGCGACGCCUCCUCGUAUGAACCCAACCGUAUGAGCUGUGAUGCUUCACCCAUUACGAUGUCACCCUGGAACCAGACUUCUCCUUUCCAGUCAUCUCCUUGGUUGAGUGGUGCCGCCGACAGCUCCGGUCAUCAAAAGAAUGAUUUCGUUGGGUCUAUUGUCCGGGAGGAAGGCCACAUUUAUUCACUUGCAGCCACCGGUGAUUUACUUUACACCGGAUCCGACAGCAAGAACAUCCGUGUGUGGAGGAACAUGAAGGAGUAUACAGCGUUUAAAUCCAACAGUGGGUUGGUGAAGGCUAUUAUUUUAUCCGGCGAUAAGAUCUUCACUGGCCAUCAAGACGGGAGGGUUCGUGUUUGGAAGAAGAACCGAAAGAAUCCCAGGAACCAUAAACGUAUCGGUACAUUCCCGACGUUUUUCGACGUCUUGAAGACGUCGAUGAGGCCGAAGAAUUACGUGGAAGUGAAGCGUAAAUGCACCACGCUCUGGAUCAAACACUGCGACGCAAUUUCUUGUCUUAGCAUCGAAGAAGGAGAAGGUCUUUUGUACUCAGCUUCGUGGGAUCGAACGUUCAAAGUUUGGCAAACGUCGAAAUCGAAAUGUUUAGAGUCAGUGAAGGCGCACGAUGACGCUGUGAACUCAGUCAUCAGCACGAAAUCCGGCUUGGUGUUCACCGGAUCGGCGGACGGGACUGUCAAAGUCUGGAAACGCGAAGGGAAGGGUAAGACGAUGAAGCAUCAUCAUGUGGAGACGCUUUUGAAUCAAGAAUGCGCAGUGACGGCGUUAGCGGUGUCGAAAAAUGGUUCCUUUGUGUACUGUGGUUUGUCCGACGGGUUGGUUAACUUCUGGGAGUGGGAAAAACAGUUAUCUCACGGCGGUUUUCUCAAGGGCCAUAAGUUGGCGGUGCUUUGCCUUGCAUCCGCUGGAAAUCUCCUGUUAAGCGGCUCAGCUGAUAAAACGAUAUGCGUGUGGAAGAGAGAAGGGAACGUCCAUAAUUGUUUGUCGGUGCUGACGGGGCAUACCGGACCGGUGAAGUGUCUGGCGGUGGAGAGGGAGGAUGGGUCGAGCUCCGGCGACGGAAAGUUGGUGGUUUAUAGCGGCAGUUUGGAUAAAUCAGUGAAAGUAUGGAAUGUGUCGGAGAAGUCGCCGGAGACGCAACAAAUGGUAACGAUGCCAUCUUUGAAGGAGUUUGCCGUGUUGUAG